CGGCCGGUGGUGGCGCUCCGCCCCUCCGCUUUGAAACCUCCGGCAUGGCGGCGCCGCUGCUGCGCGUGCUGGCGUGCGGCGACGUGGAGGGGCGGCUGGAGACGCUCUUCGGGAGGGUGCGCGCCGUUCAGGCCAAGAGCGGCCGCUUCGACAUGCUUUUGUGUGUGGGAAAUUUUUUUGGCUCUACUUCAGAUGCAGAAUGGGAAGAGUAUCGAACGGGCGUUAAGAAAGCUCCAAUUCCAACCUAUGUGUUGGGUGCUAAUGAUCAGGACACUGUGCGCUAUUUUCCAGAUGUCAGUGGCUGCGAAUUAGCUGAGAACAUCACUUACCUAGGCCGUAGAGGUGUUUUCAGUGGUACUUCUGGACUGCAAAUCGCAUACUUGAGCGGUACAGAGUCUCAGGAGGAGGCAACUCCUGCCUACAGUUUUAGCUCAAAGGAUGUGACAGAACUAAAAACAUCUUUGCUAUCAAUUCCAAAAUUCAAAGGUGUGGAUAUAUUGCUGACAUCCCCCUGGCCCAGAGAUGUGGGAAAUUUUGGUAACAGUCCUGGAGAAGUAGAUACCAAGAAAUGUGGCUCUGCAUUAGUAUCUAAUCUAGCUGCAAGUCUCAAGCCAAGGUAUCACUUUGCUGCUCUGGAGAAGGCCUAUUAUGAAAGACUUCCUUACAGAAACCACAUAGUGCUGCAGGAGACCCCACAGCAUGUAAGCAGGUUUAUUGCUCUUGCUGAUGUUGGCAAUACAAGCAAGAAAAAGUAUCUCUAUGCAUUCAGCAUUGUUCCAAUGAGCUUGAUGGACCCUGCAGAGUUAGUGAAACAGCCACAGGAUGUCACAGAAAGUCCAUACCGAAAAUUACGGAAAGAGGCGCAUAAGGCCAAGACACUCAUGUGUGCAGAGGAAGAACCAGCUUGUCAGUUUUUCUUUGAUUUGAACAAGAAUCAAGGAAAGAAACGUCCCUCAGAUGGGAAAGAGAGAGGGAACUUCCAACCUAAGCAAGCUAAAAAACCCCCACAGCCAACAGGGCCCUGCUGGUUCUGCCUGGCCAGCCCAGAGGUUGAGAAGCACCUGGUUGUUAGUAUUGGCACGCAUUGCUAUCUUGCCCUGGCUAAGGGCGGCUUACUACCUGAUCACGUCCUGAUUUUGCCUAUUGGGCACUAUCAGUCUGUAGUUGACCUGUCUUCAGAGGUGGUAGAAGAAGUGACCAAGUACAAAUCAGCCCUAAAGGAAUUUUUCAGAAGCAAGGGAAAGAGAUAUGUCUUAUUUGAAAGAAACUAUAGGAGUCAGCAUCUGCAGUUACAGGUGAUUCCCGUCCCAUUGGACCUCUGUACUUCUGAAGACAUUAAAGAGUCCUUUAUUGUACAGGCACAGGAACAACAGAUUGAAUUGUUAGAGAUCCCAGAGCACUCAGAUAUCAAGCAAGUAGCCCAGCCAGGGACACCCUAUUUCUACGUGGAGCUGGACACAGGCGAGAAGCUUUUCCAUCGCAUCCGGAAAAGCUUUCCGCUGCAGUUUGGCAGGGAGGUGCUGGCGAGCGCGGCGCUGCUGGGGCUGCCCCACCGCGCCGACUGGCGGCAGUGCACGGCGGCGCGGCCCGAGGAGGUGGCCGCCGCCCAGGCCUUCCGCCGCGACUUCCAGCCCUUCGACUUCGCCCUGCAGGCCUGACGGCGGCGGUGACGGCGGCGGCGGCGGACGCGCGGCGAUUGGCGGCGGCGGCGUGACGCGCGCGCGCUCCUCUGUGACGCGGCAAUAAAGGCGGUGUGGCGCGGG